AUGGAGGUAUAUGUGGUUGUGCGUCGUAAGAAGACAACCAUUCACCUAAAUGCCAAAGAAACGAGUCCUGUUCUGGAGGUGAAAAAAAUGAUUGAAGGAAUACUUAAGGUGAAGCCUGAGGACCAGAUGCUUUUAAAGCAGCAAACCGAAAUGGAAGAUGAAAAAUCCCUUGGCUACUACAAUCUGAACAGUCAGACUGCAAGAGCUCACACACCAGCCACCUUAGGAUUGUGCUUGCGUGACCCAGUAACUGAAAAGUUCGAAGUAUUAGACAUUACACCGUAUUCAAAUCCUCCCGAAUUACCAGAAGUUAUGCGAUCUCAGGAAAAUUUACCACCACAGAGUGCUCCAGAACUUGUAGGUCAAGCAAAACCGUAA